AUGUCCGGUCUACCAUAUCUCCAGAAACUGCGCAAGAGCGAGCUCACCGGGUUCGCCGAGACCAGCAAUUUGCCCGACUACGCUCAUUUGAAGAAAGCCGAGCUCGAAGUCGCCCUCGACGAACACUUGCGCUCCAAUUCGACCACCUACGGCAAGGAUCCUUCGUUGAGUGAAUACUACAAGCGCCUGGCGAGCAGCUCGAGAUCGCCUACCAAGAGGACGACGGGUGAGAAGGUCGUGGACCUUAUCAAAACCGACGAUGACGCUCCUGCGCCCGCAAAGAAACCGCGACGGAAGACAACCUCAACCACUCAAGAAACGGAGGACACACAACCAACGGUCAAUGCGCUGAUCAAAACCCCAGCCAAAGAGGUGGCCCGUCGGACCUCGAUCCUCGCCUCACAGAUUCCCAUACCGCCCUCGCCGGCGGUCGUCACUGAUGCCAUUGAUCACCAGACGCGUCGCAUUCGGACCUCCAUCUCCCAUGCUUACGAGCAAACCCAGGUCCAUGAGUUUGCCGAUGCCGCGCGCGAUAUUCUAUCGUCACCUAUGACGGUCAUUGUGCUCGCCAUCCUUCUCGAGGCGUACGGCCUCCGGGCCCAAAUCUUGCCCAACAAGCUGUUGACCGACAUCCCCGCGAUCCCGUACAUCAAGUCGACCAAGACGCCCAUCGUGGUGCCAGAUCUUUUCCUGUUACUGGACUCCAAAUUCUGGUCGCCCUUCUCGCUGUGGGCGUUGACCUCGCUGAUUCUGCCGGCUACCAUCUCGUACUUCAUCAACCUGCCGCUGAAAACCCAUCCCAGUCACAGCUAUUCGACGCGCCAAGCUGCACUCAAGGCGAAUGCGCAAAUGCAAUUCGAUCCCUUCAUUUUCAGUCUCGCCAAGGGCUUGGUCGUGUACCUGGUGUAUGCCUAUCACUACUCGCCGGGUGGAAUCUACAACAACUACACCAUCGCCACCGUCAACGAGAGCAUUCCCGGCGGCUACUUUGCCGUGCUGGUCAGUUCAGGUCUGGGAGCGGCAGUGAGCUUGUAUGAAGCUGUGUUGAAGAAGUAG